GAAUUCACUUCCCUCUGCCCACCGGGAACACAGACAUGCAAAGGGAGAGAUGAAUGCCCAGAGCUUUGCAGGUGGCCUUGGAAUUUGAGCUAUGACAUUUCCUGAUUCAGAGAUCUUGAGCAGAUCAUUUACCCUAAAUUUAACCGGCAGCCUUCCACACCCAUGUGCCACUGAUCGGAGGUCGGUCCCAGCCGCGUGGGGCGCCCUGAGGCCCCCCCCAGCUGUCCAGCAUGGCCUGGGCGGCGCUGCUCCUGGGCGCGCUGCUGCUGGUGGCCCAGCCCCGGCUGGUGCCUUCGCGCCCGGCCUCUCCCGGGUUCGAGCCCGGCGAUGGCGGCGGGGGGGUCGCCCCCACCAACGGCUCGGCCCGGCAGCUGCCUCACACCAUCAUCAUCGGGGUGCGCAAGGGCGGUACGCGCGCGCUGCUGGAGAUGCUCAGCCUGCACCCCGACGUGGCGGCCGCGGAGAAUGAGGUGCACUUCUUCGACUGGGAGGAGCACUACAGCCAGGGCCUGGGCUGGUACCUCAGCCAGAUGCCCUUGUCCCUGCCACACCAGCUCACGGUGGAGAAGACCCCGGCCUACUUCACCUCCCCCAAAGUGCCCGCGCGCGUGCACCGCAUGAACCCCGCCAUCCGCCUGCUGCUCAUCCUGCGGGACCCCUCGGAGCGCGUGCUGUCCGACUACACGCAGGUGUUCUACAACCACCUGCAGAAGCGCAAGCCCUACCCGGCCAUCGAGGAGUUCCUGGUGCGCCACGGCCACCUCAACGUGGACUACAAGGCGCUCAACCGCAGCCUGUACCACGUGCACAUGCAGAACUGGCUGCGCUUCUUCCCGCUCGGCCGCUUCCACAUCGUGGACGGGGACCGCCUCAUCCGGGACCCCUUCCCCGAGAUCCAGAAGGUGGAGAGGUUCCUGCGCCUGGCGCCCCAGAUCAACGCCUCCAACUUCUACUUCAACAAGACCAAAGGGUUCUACUGUCUGCGGGACGGGGGCCGGGACCGCUGCUUGCACGAGUCCAAGGGCCGCGCGCACCCCCAGGUGGACCCCAAACUCCUCCACAAACUGCACGAGUACUUCCACGAGCCCAAUAAGAAGUUCUUCGAGCUGGUGGGCAGAACAUUCGACUGGCACUGAUGGGCGAUCAUGGUCCCAGGCAGAAACCCAGACCUGUACAUCCAGAGGGGGAGGGAGAGAAUUUAAAACAGAAAGAAAAGGCAUUUAAGCUAUAAUUUAUUUGUAAAAAUAAAUUCCAUAAAUUACUUCUGUACAGUAUUAGAUUCACAAUUGCCAUAUAUAUAUAUAUAAAUAUAAAAAUACUAGUUAUAUUUUUCUACUUGUUAAACGGAGGGCAUUUUGUAUUGUUUUUUCAUGGUUGUUAACGUUGUGUAAUAUGUUAUAUGAAAGAACUAAACUAUUUCACUGAGAAAAAAAAGAUUU